AUGACUCCAUCUCAGCUGGAGGUCUUUGUUCGGGCUCUGUCCCGGCUUUUGGGCUGGAUAUACAUGGCCUGCUGGUCAGCAUCUUUCUAUCCUCAGCCCAUCUAUAAUUUUCGGCGGGGCUCGACAGCAGGAACGUCGAUCGAUUUCCCCACGGUCAACUGGCUAGGUUUCCUGUAUUAUGCCAUAUAUAAUGGUGCUUUUUUAUACUCACCAGUGAUUCGCUCCCAGUACGCGGCUCGGCAUCCACUCUCAGAAGAGCCUACGGUCCGCUUCAACGACUUGGCGUUCGCGGUUCACGCGGUGAUUCUGAGUCUUAUUGUCUAUUCCCAAUUCUGGCCAAUGAUCUGGGGUCUACAGGUUUCCCGCUUCCAAAGGAUCAGCAAGCCCAUAGCGGGCCUAUUUUGGGGGUCUGUCUUGGCACCACUAAUCGUGAUUUGGAUCGUUUUGUCAAAGAGCCCUGACGGGGGUUAUGAUCCUUCGAUCUGGGCGUGGAUCGAUGUGAUCUAUACAUUUUCCUACAUCAAGCUCGUCAUUACGAUUGUGAAAUAUAUGCCACAGGCCUGGAUGAACUACAGGCGUCAGUCGACCUUGGGCUGGGACAUCAACCAAAUUUUGCUGGACUUAGCCGGCGGUGUGCUGUCGCUACUUCAGCUGGUCAUGGACUCGAGCCUCCAGAGUGACUGGAGCGGCAUUACCGGAAACCCGGUUAAGCUUUUCCUGGGGAAUAUUUCGAUUAUCUUUGAUCUGAUUUUUAUAACUCAGCACUAUAUUCUAUAUCGAGGGGCUGAGUCCAAGCCAGUGGAUCCUCAUUCGGAUUCCGACUUGACCACGCCUCUGCUGGCCGAUGAGUCCACGCAAGCUAGAUGA